CGCAUGCCUUUAGAGCCGGGAACAAGCGGGAACAAGACCGAACUCCACUUAGCUCCAUCUCACACACCAGAAGGAACAGCUUGUGGAGAAGUCCAGACUCCUGGGAAAUGAGCCUGAGGAUGAAUCUGCUCAAACUGCUGAUUUUUGUGGCACACGUGGGAGCUGCAGCGGCCGUACUAGGGAAAUUCUGGCACAUCUCUGACCUACACCUGGACCCUAACUACACACUGUCUGAAGAUCCCCUCCGGGUGUGCCCAUCGGCAGGCUCCCAGCCAGUGACUAGUGCGGGUCCUUGGGGAGACUACCUCUGCGAUGCCCCCUGGAUACUCCUCAACUCCUCCAUUCAUGCCAUGAAGGAGAUUGAGCCCCAACCAGACUUCAUCCUCUGGACUGGAGAUGAUACACCUCACGUGCCCAAUGAGCAGCUGGGAGAGGAGGCCGUGCUGACAAUCGUGGAGCGUCUGACCAACCUCAUCAGAGAAGUGUUUCCAGAUACUAAAGUCUAUGCUGCUCUGGGAAAUCAUGACUUUCACCCCAAAAACCAGUUUCCAGCAGAAAGCAACAAUAUCUACAACCGGGUAGCUGAACUGUGGAGACCCUGGCUUAAUAAUGAAUCCAUCGCUUUCUUUAAAAAAGGUGCCUUCUAUUCUGAGAAGUUGCCAGGAUCAGGAAAAAAUGGGAGAAUUGCAGUCCUCAACACCAAUCUUUACUACACCAGCAACAUGCAAACGGCAGACAUGACUGACCCUGGCCACCAGUUCCAGUGGUUGGAAGCUGUGCUGACCAAUGCAUCCCUAGCUGGGGAGAUGGUCUAUAUCAUCGGACACGUGCCCCCGGGGUUCUUUGAAAAGACUCGGAACAAAGCGUGGUUCCGGGAGAGUUUCAAUGAGAAGUACAUGAAGAUGAUCCGCAAGCACCACCGUGUCAUUGCUGGCCAGUUCUUCGGGCACCACCACACCGACAGCUUUCGGAUGUUCUACGAUAAUGCAGGUGCCCCGGUCAGUGUCAUGUUCCUCGUGCCUGGGGUCUCCCCAUGGAAAACCACAUUACCUGGCGUGGUCAACGGAGCCAACAAUCCCGGCAUCCGGGUGUUUGAAUAUGACCAAGCCACACUGAGCCUGAAGGACAUGGUGACCUACUACAUGAACCUGAGCCAGGCGAAUGCUCAAGGGGUGCCGCGCUGGGAACUGGAGUACCGGCUGACGGAGGCCUACGGGGUGCCCGACGCUGGGGCCCGCUCCAUGCAACAGGCGCUGCACCGCAUCACCAGCAACCGGGACAUUCUGCAGCGCUACUACGUCUACAACUCGGUCAGCUACGACGCCCGGGCCUGCGAGGAGGCCUGUGGCACCGAGCAUGUGUGUGCAAUGCGCGAGGUGGCCUUCGGCGGGUACGAGGCCUGUCUGCUCGGCUCCGGCUCCGCGCCCGCGCCCACACUCCUCCUGCUCCUGCUGGCCGCACUGCUCGCGGCCUGAGCGCCGUUGCCCU